GGGAGGGAGUGAUUAGAGAGGUGGGUCCUGAAAACAGUAGCAGCGCCUUUGGAGGCCAAACCGGGCAAGCCCUAGCCCCAGCUCCCGGAUGCAAGCCUCGGUUCCCAUCUGUGCUAACACUGAGUGAAUCUCCUGAGCCAGGUGUUUUGCCAGGAGAAGGCGCUGUACCAAAGUAAAGCUAAUCCAUGAGUUGAAGGCUGGGGAGCACGGAGGUAUAAGGUUAAGGGAGGACUCCUAUCCUUCUGUGGGCUUUGCCAGGUGAGACUGGAGGUACAGUCUAAAACCCGGGCUCUCUUUGCAGGUCCAGGCCCUGCCAUGCCUGUUCCGCUGCUCCCGCUGUUGCUCCGCUCGCUGUUAUCCCGCCUGCUGCUGCCUGUUGCCCGCCUGGCCCGCCAGCACCUCCUGCCCUUGCUGCGCCGUCUGGCCCGCCAACUGAGCUCCCAAGACAUGCGAGAGGCUUUGCUCGGCUGUCUGCUGUUUGUCCUCAGCCAGCAACAGUCACCGGAUGCUGGAGAGACCUCCAGAGUGGACCACUCCCAGAGGAAGGAGAGAUGGGGCCCUCAGAAAUGAGGCCGUGGGUCCUGGAAGCAGCAAUGUCCAUCAAAGUACUUUUGGAGUGGGUCAGUCCAGGCAUCUGCACUUGCCUGCAGAAGACAGAGUGGGGGCCCGAGAGCAAGAGGGUUUCUGACCAGAACAGCUCCCACUCCCCCAGGACCUAGCGGACUGCAGAAGUGCAGUGUUUG